AUGGCACCUCCGAGAAAGCAAAUAGUUAAACUUAAGUUACCACCAAAGUUCCUAGCAACACUUCCUAAAUUCGCUGUAUUCACAUCAAAAACCCAAUUACGCAAACUCGCACAAGCAGAGAAGCGAGCGAGCCUCAACGGCGGUUUAUCAAAUUCAAACCUGCAGAGAUCAUCUCCUGCACCAGAUGGCAAUUUUCCGCUAGCUACUAGUCAAGCAGCUGGUUCCGGUGGUGUUGGUUCUGGCAGUGGUAUCAGUCAGUACAAGAUCAAUGUGGGACUCAAAGAGUCCUCGACCUCGGGUCUUACAAUGAACAGUGUAAACAGUUCAUUAUAUGCACUAGAUAAAUCAGGGAAACCAUGCAGGCGGUGGGUAAAGAAAGAAAAGCUGUUUAAAACAUUUACGGGAUUUAAAGUAGAAUAUGCGAGGUUCGAAACUAGUAAAGAGCCAGGUAACGAAGGUUCAGAAGGAUCAAAAGAAUCAAAAGGUGUUGAAGGGGAACAAGAGACAAAGGAGACCAAAGAGACAAAAGAGACCAAAGAGACCAAAGAGACCAAAGAGACAAAAGAGACACAAGGAACGCAAAAAACACAAGUAGAACAAAAUAUACAGACAACACAGCAGACGAAUGGAGAAGCGCUGAAAAUCAAGACCGAAACUGGACAAGAGAUAAAGAUCGUAGAGCCACUGCUGCUGCCAAAGGCUGAUGUUGGCAUAGUUGCUCUUCGAUGUUCAUACCGACUAUACUCUAACAAAGCACCAAAUGUGUCAAAAACAACAAAAGCUUCUUCUUCAACAAACACGAACCAUGAAAUUUCCACUAAGCAAUUGCUCUACACAACGGAUAUCACCUCGCCGGGAUCAAUCUUUUUUCUUCCUCAUGGAACACGGAUUUUAAAUAAGUUAAUCCAAUUUAUGAAGAACCAGCAAAUCAAAUAUGGGUUCCACGAGGUAGUAACGCCUUUGAUUUUCAAAACCAAGUUGUGGAAAAAAUCGGGGCACUGGGAUAAUUACAAGGAUGAUAUGUUUAAAGUUGUGGGAAACGACAAGUCCAAAGAAGAAGUAGUAGUAGUACUGGCGCCAACAGUACAGUCGGAGUCAUUAACAGAUGAUGGAAAUGAUUCUGCUUUGCAAGAAGCUUUUGAAGAAGAACAUGAAUAUGGAUUAAAACCAAUGAAUUGUCCUGGUCAUUGUAUGAUAUUUUCCAAAUUUGAAAGAAGCUAUAAUGAAUUACCUAUUAGAUACUCUGAUUUUAGCUCAUUGCAUCGGAAUGAAGCAAGUGGAGCAUUAAGUGGUUUGACAAGAGUGAGGAGGUUUCACCAAGACGAUGGCCACAUUUUUUGCGACAUGAGCCAUAUUGAUCAAGAGAUAGCAAAUACUUUGAACCUCAUCAAGGACACUUAUUCAAUCUUUGGUAUCGACAAAAUUGAGUAUUACUUGUCAACUAGACCAGAAGAAAAAUAUAUUGGCGAGAUUGAAACAUGGGAUGCCGCGGAGUUGAAAUUGAAGCAAGUGUUGGAUAGGAGUGCAGGAAAAGGUAACUGGCAAGUACGCGAGGGAGAUGGUGCAUUUUAUGGGCCCAAGAUUGAUGUCCUUCUCACAGAUGCUUUUGGCAAAAAGCACCAAGUUGCUACUAUCCAAUUAGAUUUCCAAUUACCCAAAAGAUUUGAUCUCAAGUAUAUUUCCGAAGAUGGUUCUCGUAACAACCAGCCAAUUUUGAUCCAUAGAGCUGUGUUUGGAUCUCUAGAGAGAUUCUUUGCCAUUUUAUUGGACCACUAUCAAGGCAAAUGGCCAUUUUGGAUCAAUCCAAGACAAGCGAUAAUUAUACCAGUUAACGAAACCCACACAGCAAGGGCAGAGGAAUUGCAAAGAAAAUUAUGCGGCGAUAUUAUCAAUACAAAUGACCCAGUUUCGCCAUUGACAGGUUAUAACUUCCACGUCGAUGUAGACAAAAGACCAGCUACUAUAGGUAUGAGGACGAAGGAUGCUAUCCAAAAGGGUUAUUCAUAUCUCAUCAUCAUUGGAGAUAAAGACAUUGCAAAUGGAACUUACGCUGUGAGGUCUAGGGACGAUCGUACGAUAUAUAAUUUGACAGGCGAAGACAUAUACAAAAAGUUUAUCGACUUGGAAAAAUCGUACCAAUAA